GGCCGGAUCCUGGCGCAGCUCCCGGGAAUGCCGCGGCUCUGAGGAAGAUCCUGGCACUGAGGAAGAUCCUGGCACUGCCAGGGCUGCUGGAGGAAGGCUGGAGCAGGAGGUGAGCGGUCCCAGCUCCCCGUGACACACCAGGAUGGCCGAGAGCGGCCGGGUCCCGGCUGAGGGGGGGCCGGGGGGUGCCCCCAGCCGCCCCCAGGACGUGGCUGAGCCCAGGGAGGACGAGGGGAGCCAGGGCCUGGCAGCCACCACGAGCCCGGGCAGCGUGGAGGACACGUAUGAGCUGCUGGAGAAGCUGGGCAGCGGCCACUUCGGCGUGGUGAGGCUCUGCCGGGAGCGCAGCACCGGCGCCUUCUACGCCGCCAAGCUGGUGAAGCUGCGGCGGGGCCGCCUGGGGGUGGAGCGGGCUCAGGUGCAGCGGGAAGUCGCCAUCCUCCGCCAGCUCCAGCACCCCAACAUCCUGCGGCUCCACGAGCUCUUCGCCGGCACGGCCGAGGUGGUGCUCGUCCUGGAGCUGAUCAGCGGUGGGGAGCUCUUUGACUUCAUUGCUGAGAAGGAGAUGCUGUCGGAGGAGGAGGCCAUCGAGUUCCUGGGGCAGAUCCUGAGCGGGGUGCAAUACCUGCAUGCUCGCCUCAUCGCUCACUUCGACCUCAAGCCCGAGAACAUCAUGCUGCAGGACAAGGAUGUCCCCAAGCCCUGGAUCAAGAUCAUCGACUUCGGGCUGGCCCAGCAGCUGGAGGAUGGCAUCACCUACAAGAGCCUCUGUGGGACCCCCCAGUACAUUGCUCCUGAAGUGAUCAAUUAUGAGCCACUGAGCCCUGCGACUGACAUGUGGAGCAUCGGAGUCAUCACCUACAUUCUGCUCAGUGGCCUGUCCCCCUUCCAGGGUGAGACGGAUGCUGAGACCCUCUCCAACGUUGUGGCUGGUGCCUACGAGUUUGAGGAGCGCUGCUUCAGCCAGACCUCCGAGCUGGCCAAGGACUUCAUCCGCCAGCUGCUGCUGAAGGAGCCAGAGCGCCGCAUGACCGCGGCCGAGUGCCUGGUGCACCCCUGGAUCAAGCCCCUGAGCAGGAAGCAGGUGCUGAGCCGGAGCCGUUCCUCCAUCAACAUGAGAAACUUCCGCAAGUUCAACGCCCGGAGGAAGUGGAAGCUCUCCUACAACACCGUGUCCGCCUGCAACCGCCUGCUCUGCCGCCUCGGGAGGGAGGAUGAGGAGCUGUCCUGUCCGUGCCCUGCAGCCCCCCUGUGCCCCCAGCGCUGCUGUGAGAGCGACCCAGAGGAGGAGAGGAGCCCCCACACCGCUCUGCUGCGCCGGAGGAGAAGCAGCUGCUCCUGAGCUCCUCCCAAAAAAGGCAGAACCUCCGCGAGAGGAGCCUUGGGGGUGCCCCCAUCACCCCAUCGAGGGGGCAGGGGCACUGUCCAGCUCCUGGCUCCGUGGUGUUGAGGGGUCACUGGCAGGAGCACCCUGCUCCUGCCCCCAGGUUCUGCCCAGGGCUUGGACCUUCCUCCCUGCUCUGUCCUAAUGAGAAAAAUAAAUGUCACCUCCUCCUCCUCCUCCUCCA